GCGCGUGUGAGGGAGAGUGCAUGAGGGAGAGUUGCGUGCAUGUCUCGGGAGGAGCAGCGGAAGGUCACGGCCAAGUGGAGGAGGCACCAUGAUCCUGGAGUGCAUCUUCAGCAUAUAUUUUCUAUAAAUUGUGAUGAGGACAGAUACGUGCGCUGCGAUGGUGACAUAAGCUACUAAACUGGACUGGAAUUUGUAACCACCUUCCUCAACCUAAAUGCUGCACUUGGAAACAAUCUAAGGCAUGACUUACACCAUGACUUUUAUUGUGAAACUUCAUAGACAUUUUCAACGAACAGUUAUAUUGCUGGCCACUUUUUGUAUGGUGAGCAUUGUCAUUUCAGCAUACUAUUUGUACACUGGCUACAAACAGGAUAACGAGCUUUCGGAGAUGUCUUCAGAGGUAGAAUGUGGAGAUCUUCCAGUGCUGCCUCUCAACAAAUUAGUGCAGUGGAAGACAGUUAAGUCCAGUGAUCCUACUCGGACUGAUCCUGUGGUGCUGGUGUUUGUGGAAAGCCAGUACUCAACACUUGGUCAAGAUAUAAUAAUGAUUUUAGAGUCCAGCAGGUUCCAGUAUCGUAUUGAGAUAGCUUCUGGAAAAGGCGACCUUCCUGUGCUUAUAGAUAAAAACAAAGGCAAAUACAUUCUUGUUAUAUAUGAAAAUAUUUUUAAAUAUGUUAAUAUGGAUUCCUGGAAUCGAGGCCUUCUAGAUAAAUACUGUGGAGAAUUUGGUGUAGGUGUGAUUGGAUUCCAUAAGAAUAGUGAGAACAGUUUGCAGACUUCUCAAUUAAAAGGUUUUCCUUUCCAUAUCCAUGGCAAUGUGGGUAUCAAGGAUUGUUGCAUCAACCCUCAUUCUCCACUACUUCACGUGACUAAACCUUCUAAGUUUGAUAAAGGUCCUUUACCUGGAAAUGACUGGACAGUUUUUCAAAUAAACCAUUCAGCCUACCAACCUGUUAUACUGGCAAAAGUAAAAGCUUCUGAAAAUCUCUCUCCACCUAUAGUUAAAGGUGCUCUCCAUGCAACUGUAGUUCAUGACUUGGGUAUUCAUGAUGGAAUUCAACGCAUUCUUUUUGGCAAUAAUUUGAACUUCUGGCUGCACAAACUCAUCUUUAUAGAUGCUGUUUGUUUCCUGUCUGGAAAGAGACUAACAUUGUCCUUGGAUAGAUAUAUUCUUGUUGAUAUAGAUGACAUCUUUGUUGGAAAGGAGGGAACAAGGAUGAAGGCCAACGAUGUUCAGGCUCUGCUUGAUACUCAGAACCUUCUGAGAGCUCAGAUAACAAAUUUCACUUUCAACCUGGGCUUUUCAGGGAAAUUUUACCACACAGGAACUGUAGAGGAGGAUGAAGGUGAUGAUUUAUUACUAGGAUCUGUGGAUGAAUUCUGGUGGUUUCCUCAUAUGUGGAGUCACAUGCAGCCACAUCUUUUCCAUAAUGAGUCAUCACUGGUGGAGCAAAUGAUUCUCAACAAAAAGUUUGCCUUAGAACAUGGUAUUCCAACUGAUAUGGGAUAUGCUGUGGCCCCUCACCAUUCUGGUGUCUACCCUGUUCAUGUUCAGCUUUAUGAUGCAUGGAAGAAAGUCUGGAAUAUCAAAAUCACCAGCACAGAAGAGUAUCCACAUUUGAAACCUGCCCGGUACAGAAGGGGCUUCAUCCACAAAAGCAUCAUGGUUCUUCCUCGACAAACCUGUGGUCUCUUUACACAUACUAUUUUCUACAAGGAAUACCCUGGAGGUCCAAAAGAACUAAACAAGAGUAUACAGGGAGGGGAACUUUUUUUCACAGUUGUUCUCAACCCAAUCAGUAUCUUCAUGACUCACUUGUCCAACUAUGGGAAUGAUCGCUUGGGUUUGUACACAUUUGUCAAUCUGGCCAAUUUUGUUCAGAGUUGGACCACCCUGAAGCUGCAAACUCUGCCUCCAGUUCAGCUGGCUCACAAGUACUUUGAGCUGUUCCCUGAACAAAGGGACCCUCUUUGGCAGAAUCCCUGUGAUGACAAGCGGCACAGAGAUAUCUGGUCUAAAGAAAAAACUUGUGAUCGUUUACCAAAAUUCCUGGUUAUUGGACCCCAGAAAACUGGCACAACUGCUUUGUAUUUGUUCCUGAUUAUGCAUCCUUCCAUCAUUAGUAACUCCCCCAGCCCCAAAACCUUUGAGGAGGUACAGUUCUUUAAUAGAAAUAACUACCACAGGGGGAUUGAUUGGUACAUGGAAUUCUUUCCUUUGCCAUCUAAUGUCACUACUGACUUUCUCUUUGAGAAGAGUGCCAACUAUUUCCAUUCUGAGGAAGCCCCAAAGCGAGCAGUUUCUUUGAUUCCCAAGGCAAAAAUCAUUACCAUUCUCAUUGACCCAUCAGAUCGAGCCUACUCGUGGUAUCAGCAUCAACGGUCACACAAAGACCCUGCUGCUCUAAAGUUUACCUUCUAUCAAGUGAUCACUGCUGGGCAUCAUGCUUCAGCAGAGCUUAAGGCUCUCCAGAAGAAAUGUCUAAUACCAGGAUGGUAUGCCACCCAUAUUGAAAGAUGGCUAACUUACUUUCCGCCUUAUCAAUUACUAAUUAUUGAUGGACAGCAACUGAGAAAUGACCCGGCUAUCGUUAUGGAUGAAGUGCAGAAGUUUUUGGGAGUUACUCCUCAUUAUAAUUACUCAGAAGCCCUAACGUUUGACUCACACAAAGGAUUCUGGUGUCAGCUUCUGGAAGAAGGAAAAACAAAAUGUCUUGGGAAAAGCAAAGGCAGAAAAUACCCUCCAAUGGAUUCUGAGUGCAGGGCUUUUCUGUCAAGCUACUACAGAGAUCACAAUGUGGAACUGUCAAAGCUCCUACACAAAUUGGGACAACCCCUGCCAUCAUGGUUGAGACAGGAACUGCAGAAAGUGAGAUAGCACUGAAAGAAAGCUUGUCAAGAAAGCAUCUCUUCACUUCCUACGUCAUCAGACCUAAAGUCUCCAGUAGCUACUAGAAAGCUGUUGGGAAAUAUAUCUCCUCAAAAGAGAACAAAAGAAUUCGGUUUCUGCCAUAUCUUGGCAAGCGAAAUGUGUGUGCUUGAGCGUCACAGAUCUGGAGGCCCACCGUGUUUCCUAACAAUUUUUUUGCAUUUCUGGAAGCAGAGCUAUGGCACAAUCUACCAGGGAGCAGUGGUCUUGCUUUACUCCUAUUCAUUUCCAAGGGGCUAGCAUAGGAAAACUUUGAGUGGACUGAGACUGCUGUUCAUACACAGGGAGAGUUAAUACCAAUUGGUCUAGACUUCAAAAGAAAAGCUACUCAACUGUCCAAAAUCACAGUAAAAUUUACAAUUUUAUAUAUUAUAUACAUAUCAGUUGAAGAAUAUUGUGACAUAUGUUGAUUUUGUAGCCCACUGCUUGCCUGUUCAGUUUUCAGAUUGAGUACCAUGAUGUGUCUUAUGUUUUUUUUAAAAAAAGGAAAAUAUGAAAAAAUAUGUAGCACAAAACACCCAAGAAAUGCUCAGUUUACAAUCUGAUUCAAAAUAUGGAACUAGACAUUUGAAGAAGUCAUAUAGUCACAAAAAGAAUCACAGGCUAUUUCAGAGUACACAACUACUGAGAAAAUGUACCAUGAGCUAUAUCAGUAAG